AGUAAGUAAGUAAGGUUGACCUGACUGUUGGUUUACGGCACGCGAACAGUAGCGUUUAUUAUAAGUCAUACGAUAACUCUUUGCUUUGGACUGAACUGCGUAUAUUUCCAGUGAUUACACACAUUGAUAUCUGAAGUUGUGCAUCAGACUGAUCUGAGCUCGCAGUAAAUGUGUGGAUGCUUUUAAGUUGUUUGCUUGUGUUGUGAAUAAAGCAGAAUGAGUGAAGAGAAACUUGAGGUCGAGCUCUUUGUUAAGGCAGGAAGUGAUGGUCAGAGCAUUGGGAACUGUCCGUUCUCUCAGCGCCUCUUCAUGGUCCUGUGGCUUAAAGGAGUCACGUUUAAUGUCACCACCGUUGAUAUGAAGAGGAAGCCAGAUAUUCUGAAAGAUUUGGCUCCAGGCGCCCAGCCUCCGUUCCUGCUGUACGGCACUGAGGUGAAGACAGACACCAACAAGAUCGAAGAGUUCCUGGAGGAAACCCUCAGCCCUCCAAAAUAUCCACGGCUGGCAGCACGUAACCCUGAAUCAAACACUGCAGGUCUGGAUGUCUUCUCAAAGUUCUCAGCCUACAUCAAGAACUCCAACCCUCAAAUGAAUGACAAUUUGGAGAAGGGUUUGCUGAAGGCCCUGAAGAAGCUGGAUGAUUACCUGAGCUCUCCUCUCCCGGAUGAGAUUGACGAGAACAGCGCUGAUGAUGUCACUUCCUCCACUCGCCCCUUCCUGGACGGUCAGGAGCUCACGCUGGCCGACUGCAACCUGCUGCCCAAACUACACAUCGUCAAAGUGGUGUGUCAGAAGUUCAGGGCUUUCUCCAUCCCUCGCUCUUUGACGGCUCUGUGGCGAUAUCUGGAUGCAGCGUAUGCACGAGAAGAGUUCUCCUCCACCUGCCCCACUGAUGAGGAGAUACACAUAGCUUACUCAUCUGUUGUGAAGGCUCUUAAGUAGAAGAACACACACACACACACACACACACACACACACACACAUACAUACACACUAUCUCUCCUCAUUGUCCCCUGUUUGUUUCAAGCACUUGCUUUUAUUUCUCCAGCACAUGAGCGAGGGUCAUGACUGACGUCUUUAUAGACUUAGAGAAAAUAUGGACUUUUAUAGUUUUUAUAAACGAUUCUUAAACAGUUGUUUUAAAGGAAAAAACAAAUAAACACACACAGCUGUCCACGUCAAUCAAAACAAACAGCCAUCAUUUAAAGUAGUUUUAAGAUUUUAUUCAUUAUAAACCCGUGGAAUGAUCAGUUUAGUUCACCCACACUGCUCAGACGUGUGCUGUCAUAUCUGUCGUGGGAGAAAUGAACCAGGGCAACAUUACCACUGAAACUAAGAAAUGCCCCAGAUUUGAAUGAUAACAAAAUGGCCUUGCGUUUGUAUACAAUAUGUAAUAUUUAUCAAACCCUCUUCUACGCCAAAAUUAUUCAGUCUAUUUUAAUGAGGAAAGGUAUUUGACAAUGGCAGGCUGUUUUUAUUUUUUAUUUUAUAAAGUAUUGCCCGUUAUUAUAGUAAAUAUUUAAGCUGGUUAUCAAUUACAGUUAACAGCACAUAACUCUUUUAUUCCCCUCUUUAUUCUUGAUUCUGUAACAUUUAGGGCUGGUUUUAUGGACAGGGCUUAUCCUAGUCCCAAACUAAAAUGCUUGCUUGUGCUGCCUUCAUUUAAAGCCAUGUACGGUUUGUUUGUAAGAACGACUUAAAAGUCCUAAUAUAACUAAGGCCUAGACCUGAAUUAAACAUUUAUUGACACACCUGCA